AUGGUGAUGAAGGAGAUGAUGGUCAUAUUGAUGAUGAUGAUGAUGAUGAUGAUGUACCCAGAGGCACCAGGUCUGCCGCUGUGGCCCCCAGAUCCUGGCCCCAGGUCGAGGAAGGGUAUCCUGAGGAGGGCCGUGUUCUCUGAGGAGCAGAGGAAGGAGCUGGAGAGAACUUUCCGGAAGCAGAAGUACAUCGGCAAGGCUGACCGGAACAAGCUGGCGGCUGACCUGCGACUGAAAGAGUCCCAGGUGAAGAUCUGGUUCCAGAACCAGAGGAUGAAGUGGAGGAACUCCAAGGAGAAGGAGGUGCUGUGUGGGAGGUCCCUGGAGGAGGAGCGGUCUCUGGUGAGUGACCGGAGGGGAGAGGAGGUGCAGGAGCGAGCGCUCCUCACCGAAGUCGAGAAAAUCACCCGGGAUCGAGCGACAGCGGAAAAACGUCCCGAGCCCCGCCCCCCCGCUGUGCACUGUGAACAAUGUACACAUCCCACAAUGCCUUGCACCAAGCCCUCACACAGACACACGCCGACUUGGACACAGCAGCAAGGGAGCUCAGCGCAGAGGAUAAACCACCUCCCUCUCUCCGCUGAACAAUAACAGAGUCCGGCCAGGACUGCCAUUCGUCAUAGCAGCUGCCCUGCUCACGUACAAUAUUUACAAUACAAGCAAUCUCGUUAUAUUUAAUUCAUCAACGCGCUGUGACUCGCUCUGGGACUCGCUCUGUGACUCGCUCUGUG